UCCCUUCCUUCCCGAAUUAGGCUUUUCAAAAGUCACAUCUCUGCAUUGCAUCAGUGCAUUGGACACUUCACUUGGCAAUAACAGCUGCAGCACCGUGACUCAUGGAGCUGAGAUGGGUGGAAAAAGCCAGGUUGGGAGGGGGAAGGAGGAAGGAAGGGAUGGGAUGCCUUACAUAGGAACCGGUAACCCAUGAUCACAUGUCGCCACAGAUCUGGAAGGGAUCCCCCAGUCUCCCCAUUCACAUCUCUCUGCGUCCUGCUGCGACCUUGCAUCUUAAUGAUUGCUUGCUGUGUCUCUUAGGCUCCGGAGAUUCAGCAGAACUGUUCCCUGAUGAACAAGGAGGGAAAACCAGUGCGAACGGCUGUGGUUUUGCACAUGUCCAAGUGUGUCUGAACAGGACUUCUGAGAACUAUAAAACUGCCAUGGGGACUGGGAUGAGUAAGGUUGUUGGGGGGCUGUACCUUGGAAACAUCAGAGAUUCUGAAGACAGAGAGAACCUGGUGAAACAUGGCAUCACACACAUCUUGUCGGUGCAUAACAACGCCAAACCUGUGUUAGAAGACAUGACUUACCUUUGUAUAUCAGCCUCGGACUCCUCCAAUCAAAACCUGAUACAGCAUUUUAAGGAGAGCAUCAGGUUCAUUCAUGAAUGCCGACUGCAUGGUGGAGGAUGCCUCAUUCACUGCUUGGCCGGAGUCUCCCGCAGCACCACUCUUUUGGUGGCCUACCUCAUGACCGUGACUGACUUCGGCUGGGAAGAGUGCCUGGCUGCCACCAAAGCCGUCCGUUCCUACGUCAGCCCCAACUUCGGCUUCCAGGAGCAGUUGCAGGAAUACGAAUCGACUUUGCUAAAGGAGUACCGGGCUUGGAUCCAGCAAGAAUAUGGCAAGAACCCACUGAAUGAUCAAGAGGAGGUCCAACACUUACUGACCCUGCAAGAAGAGAAGGCCAAAGAGCAGCAAAGUGGACUGAGAGAAGGCAACUGGGUCAAUCAUCCAGACCCCAUGAGUCCUCCACUUCAUGCGCCUUAUGCCAGCAGCAGCCGUCGAUGGAUGAACAGAUAACAAAAGCUCCACUUGCAGCCUCCCCACGAUGGUAGCCCAGCGUUCUGGACUACAAGGCCUAUCGUACUGGAAUGUGUAGUCCAGAACCUCUGCAGGUUUGGGAAAGCUGCCUUAAAGAACCGAAAGCAAUUUGGUUUUCUGUGUUACUUUGCCCUGCAACACAGAGCCAGUUGAUUAGGUUCAUCUUACAGAUGCUGCUAGAGUUUGCAUUGAGAGAUGGUUUUGAGCCUAAUCCAGUUGUGUUUUCUUACUGGUUAAGGUACAACCAAAUUGGGUUUCUCCAAGUUGAAGCAGAAGAGCACAUAAGCCCUGAAUGCCAGUUGGAUGCAUCCAAACUUUUGUGUGCAUCUAAACUCUAGAAAGAAUGCAACGUGACACCAAAAUAUCAGGAAAGCCAUCCACUCCCAAACCCAACUUUCAUUUCCUGAACGAAGCCUUCGAAAUGUAACAAUGCCAACAUAUAAGAAGUCAGGAAACAGUAGAUAGCAUGAUCAUGCUUGUAGAUGGGCAUUUGCAGGUAACAUGGGAAGUUUUUAUCCUUUAAGACAUUUUUGGACUUGUGAAUCUGUCACAUGGAAGAAAAGUGUCUGGCUGUUCUAUACUUCCGUUAGUUCCAAUGAACAUUUGUGUACACCACCAUGUGUCCAAAUGAUUUCUUCCGCAGAACAAUGUAGUAUUUGGAGACCAAAAUCAAGCAGACAAAAGCUUACUUACUUACUUAGGCAAUCCUUUGUAGCCAAGGAUGAUGGUCCUCCAAGUGUAGUGGCUUGGUGGUGGUCCAUAGGUGGCUGUGGAGCGCUAUUCUUGAUCUGCAUGUUCUCCCACAGUGAUGACAUCAGUUUCCAGGUGGAAGACAGUCCCUAGUUAGGGUUGACUUGACGCACCUUCCUCUUGGCACAUUUCUCCCUUUCACCUUCCAUUCACGCCUCUUUGAAUUCUGCAGCACUGCUGGUCACAGCUGACCUCCAGCUAGAGCUCUCAAGGGCCAGGGCUUCCCAGUUCUCAGUGUGUAUGCCACAGUUUUUCAGGUUGGCUUUAAGCCCAUCUUUAAAUCUCUUUUCCUGUUCGCCAACAUUCUGUUUUCCGUUCUUGGCUUGGGAGUAUAGAAACUCCUUUGGGAGAUGGUGAUCGGUCAUUCAGACAAUGUAGCCAGUCAAGUGGAGUUGAUGGCGCAGGAGUAUCGCUUCAAUGGUGAUGGUCUUUGCUUCUUCCAGCGCACUAUCUUCCCAAGAGAUCUGCAGGAUUUUUUGGAGGCAAUGCUGAUGGGAUUGUUCCAGGAAUUGAGUGUGACGUCUGUAGACAGUCCACGUUUUGCAGGCGUAUAGCAGGGUUGGGGUGACAAUGGCUUUAUAAACAGGCCCCUACGGAUGUCCCGAUCCUCAAACACUCUCUGCUUCAUUUGGGAAAAUGCUGCACUUGCAGAGCUCAGGUGGUGUUGUAUUUCAGUGUCAAUGUUGAUUUUUGUGGGAAGGUGGCUGCCGAGGUAGCGGAAAUGGUCAACAUUUUCUAGUGUUACACCACUGUUACACUGUAUUUCUGGCAUUGCAGAGAGAUUGGCUGGUGACUGCUGGAAGAGCACUUUGGUUUUCUCAGUGUUCUGCAAAGGUGUUUAAAGUCGCUUGUAGGUGCACAGAUUACGUUAUCAUCAGCAUAUUGGAGUUUUAUAGCAGAUGUUGUUGUGACAGUUUUGGCUUUCAGUCUGCUGAGGUUAAAUAGCUUGCCAUCUGUCCGAUAGAUGUUUUCUAUAGAUGAUGGUAGAUAGAAAAGCAUGCUUAACCUAACACUCUGUGGGAUUUUUUAUCCCGGUUUGACAGUGGUGGUGGUAGGAGAGUUAUUUCUAAGGAAAGCAUCAAUUUGGCGUGUUUCAGGAAAAGGCAAAAGAAGGAAAAGUCACAGGGAACCCAAAGGUUUCAAGCAAAACUCUCCAUGUUCUGUACCUGAUGUCCCAAUGGCAUUGGUGGAUGAGAAUGAAAGAGAUUUUAAGAUGUGUCAUUUAUAAAGGCAUUUUCUUCCAGUGUUUUGUGAUGGAAAUAUAAUACUCAUAUUUGCAAUGGACAUGGUCUCAAGGUAAUUUUUUGAAGGCAUAAUGGGAAGACUGCAAAUAGACAAUGUUGGGUUCUAUCAUGUGGGAAAAGUGGAAAAUCAAUGCAAUAAAAGCAUUUCUUUAAACAUCAGAA